UUUCUAUCGUCUCGCGAAAGACAGCUUUGAUACUCUGGCUUUGGCGAAUUUCUGCAUUUGCAUAUACAUGCACUAAUACGAGAAACCAUACAGUAGCGCGGAGGUGCUGUGGAGGACAUUUUGUCAAUGGGCGCGAAGGCUGACGGCGAUAUUUCGUUUAUGCAAGACUUGAAGAAAUACAAGGUGGCACAGGCACGAUGACCAGCUCCCAUCAACCCAGGGCAUCCCAUCAGAGGUACAGUAGAGGUACCAACGCUACCCUGGGGCCUGGGCCUGGGAUAACUGUGCUGCAGUCUUACCUGCAGAUGGGGAUCCUUGACUACUCUUUCGCCGUUCUUAUCGCACUCGACGGACAAGUAAGUCGGGUACUAAUUUGCACCUUACCUAGACAGGAAAUACAACACCUUGUUGUUGCAUACAGAAUGCGGGGAAGUGACAAUUCAUAGGUUCUAUACAUGGUCUAAUGCAACACAUUGCAUGCUAUGUUUGUGUGGAAGCGUAUCGGCGCCGGUUAGUUCGAUCAUUUCUGCCUGUCAUUCGGGGCCGCGUGAGCACCUGGCGACGAGACCUGAAGAGCUAACAACCCACCCCCAUUUUGAUCGCCCUGAUGCAAGCAAACAAUGAAAUGUUCUUCCUGCUCAUGCGCGGAGCGAACAUGUGCAAAACGUCGACCCCCCCUUCCUAUUGUGACCUCGGAAAUUUUUCACUCCUCUGACAUUACAUCACCUAAAUCUCAGCGACAGCAGCUCAAUGAGUACAUCUCCGCCUCGGGUGCUGCAUAUUCCCAACCGAAAGGCGAGCGGCGUGCUUUGUCUUUUACCUUGAGUUCUAUGAUGUAAUUGUCUACCGUUGCUGUGACCCUUUUACGCUUCGCAGAUGCCCGUCUCAUUAUCUCACUUGUGGUAACUCAGAUAUCCGUAUUCCAAGAGAUACAAACUAGUCACGAGACGCCGUAUCUCUGUAACGAUACUGAGGUGGCCCCGCCCCACGAUACACUACCAUUUUCCGCCAACCAUACCGCCAUCUCUAUUUGUGUGGUUGUUGUAAUAUCUACAGGGGCAACAAGGUCAAUUCCACCCGGCCAUCAGGUACUAACGUCAUUAGCGAAGCAUCAAUGACUAAGUGGCGAUGCCAGCAGACAAUGUAACCAAGUGGAGUCUCCACAAGAUUCCACAAGCAAUUCACCGGACCACUUGUCAAGGCUAAGACGAGGCCAGAACGACGGGAUCCCACGGUACGCCCACACAGCGCAGUCUAAUCCGUCUAAACUAGAUCUCGCUUCGAAAUACAACCCUGUCUUGGUGACAUCCGGGUAACGUGCAAGCAGGGACCAGGAAAUCGCUCUUGUUUUCUUGUCCCACUAUCCCAAAAUGAUUCAAACGCAGUUGGACCGGGGCUUGACAUUUGGCAUUUCGGAUUCUUGGUACUUUAACAUCCAGCAUUUCUUUCUACUCCUCCACAAUCGGGGAUUUUUCUCGCCCCGCGCCCCUCAGUAAUUAUUCAUCCAUUUUCCGCGCUCCCCCAAUGAUGCCUGCUUCGUCGCAAAGCGGAAGUUCGGGCACAAACAUCUUCCGCGGCUGGCUCAGGACAACCAAGGAUGCUCUUCUUGUCUUUGAGGCAGGCAGGAAAGGUAUCAUCCCUCGCGUUACUCGUCGAUUUCACGACGCGGAAAAACGCGACAUCAUCAAGAGCGGAGCCAUUCUCGUCUUUACGGAAGAAGAGAGUGGCAUCAAGCGUUGGACGGACCCUUUCCUUUGGUCAGCAUCCCGGAUGUUGGGUAACUUUAUGAUAUACCGUGAAAGAGAAGAUGUGGAAUCAGCAUCAAAGUCUCCCUAUUCGUACUCUGAAAUUCAACCCACCGAUAUCUCCAUUAAAGAACGAGACGUGGACCUAGAGAAAUGUAUCUACGGUAGCUGGAGUAAAGGUCGUGGACUCAAGGAAGAUGGCAUGAUGAAGAAGACAAUUUCCCUCAAGAUCAAUGGGAUCAUCCAUCAUCUCGUAUCGUACUAUAAGCCUUCCGACGUUCGAUCUGGAGAAUUGCAGGCGCCUUCAUCUAUCAUGAUGCUUCGUGAUCUCAAGAUCAGCUCGGAGCUUCUUACGAACGUUUCAAAAUUUCGCCAGCCUCCUCGUACAAAAACGGAUACUGCGGGUCGCCUGGUCUUUGUAAGCGAACAUGAAGAUGCUAUCUCUACAUAUCCGCUGAAAGAUACGGGAAGCAUUACGUGGGUCCAAGUUAACACGAAUCCUUCGUCUCGGUGCAGCGAAUCCCCGUCUCCUUCUCCUAGUUCAGAACCCGACAGGCCUGUCACUCCAUUUCCAGAUGUCCACAAUCCUUUCCUAUUGGAUCGUUGCAUUCGACGUACGUCGGAGAACCGUUUGAACAAGAAGGCGUACAGUCCAUACACUCGACAUCAUGCUGCGCGUAUCACAUCUCGUCAACUAAUAAACCGUCCCCAUUCCGUCCACCCUAUACCCAAUAGCACAAUGGCGACUCAACAGCUCGAUACCUAUUCAUGUUUAUACCCAUAUACACCUAUGUCGGACUUUAGUCCCGUUGUACCAUCACCAUCGUUCGCCUCUCCGUCUUCCAACUACCAAGCAUUACGUGAAGACAUGUUUUUGGAUCAAUUAUCAGCAUACCAAUGGGACACGGAUGUUCAGGACUGGAACAUCUUUCCUCCUGAGCAAUAUUCUAGCCCGUCGAUGUCCUGUGAUUAUAGCCAAUCUAGCUCGUUGUCACACGCAUUUCUUCCGAUUGACCAACAUACACCUACUUAUAUGCCCAGGGUGUAAUACCAUGUAUCUACCGUAUAUUGCAAUUCGUCCCGUUACUCGUGUACUUAU